AUGCAGAUCAAGGCUAUCCUCUUCGCUCCCCUCCUGGCCACUGGCCUCGUCUCGGCCGCGCCCGCCACCAGCAAGCCCAAGACCUUCGAGAUCAUGGCUCUCCGCUCCGCCAGCCCCAUCCACUUCUCCGAGCUCCAGGCCGCCCGCAACAGCAUCUUCCUCCAGCUUCCCGACCAGAAGGCCUACUGCCACACCAAGUCGGACAACUACGCCACCUUCAAGCUGGUCGGCGACGAGCUGCGCCUCUACAAGUCGUCCGGAACUCCCCAGAAGAUCUGGACCGACCGCUCCGGCAUGGGCCAGGGCGUUCUUGGCUACAGCACUGGCGACUCCAAGCCCCGGAACGGCGAGCACAAGGGAUGGAAGAUUGACAAGAACGGCGACCUGACCUUCAAGGGCCAAGGUCUGCUUGCCUGCCCCGGCAGCAUCAGCAAGUCUUGGAGCAUCUGGGUCGACACCGGUAUCGCCAACCCCGGCGGCAACAAGAACUGCCUGGGCUUCUCUGCCCGCACUCUGCCCAUUGCCAAGCCCAACAGCUGCAAGUACACUGAGCAGAAGUAA